AUGGGCAUCAUCACAUUUGUCACGCCUCCGGGGCGGCCUUCUGUCCUAAGGGCCAACACCGUUCAAGAGGCCAGAGCUCAGCAUACCGACACAGCAGCAACGCAAGUGACCAAUGCCUCGGUGAACGCAAUCCGACACACGGACAGCGAACCCACACAUGCACAGGAUGUCGAGCAGCCGGUGGAGUAUCGACCACUCAUCUUUCAAAAGCGCAUUCUGCCACAAUUGACAACUUCGCCCGAGCCAGCAGUGGAAUCAUUCGAUCUUCCGCCAUCGCGCACGUCUCUCGAUGGGACCAGCUCACAAUCUGUGCACGCCGGCGACUCCAAAAGGCCUUCGCUCCUCUCCACCGCCAUCUCUGCCAACCCACCUCGCAGCGCCUCCACCACCAAUCUUGGCAUUCUUCGCAGGGCAGAGUCAGUGAAUACACGAACGAGCUUAGAUGGAGUCUCAAGGCCAACAGGCGACGCAUCAGAUGCCACUACUUUGGCAUCUCGACCACGACUGCAUUUCAUCGAGCCAAACAAGCAACCUGUUUCGAACGUCUCUGCUCGACCUGACACGACGGUUGAUAUGAGCAACAUGGACGAUGGCAAUGAAACAACAUCACAAAGUACUAUUGCCCCGGCUCCAGCAGCAACAACAGCACCAGCAACACCAGCGACGCAACAUGCGGUAGAGACCGAGCCUGUCCCAAGAAAGCGUAGUCUGGUCAUCCAAGAGCACGCCGACGUUAUCGAACGCGCAGCAGAGCGCGCUGCUAGACAAGCAAAUCAUCUCAGCUCCCAAGCUCUCGAGCAACAUGCCCGCACAAGCGCCCCAGCCAGGCCGCGCCAACACAGCUCAUCUUCAGCCGGCGACGAGACCGCCUCGGCGCGGUCCAGCUGGGCUCUGCGCAGCAGUUCUCGUGGGUCUAGCAUCGCAACUUCGCCCAGCGUCGUCUCUGACGACAACACGCAACCGUCGCCCAAGCUUGAGUCCUCCAAGCCUUCGGAACCACCAGCUAUCGUGCCCAUCUUUAGCAAUGCGACUGAAAGCGACCGAGUCGAUGCAGCACGCCUACAGCCUGCACCGGUGAAUCCUCCCCGCAAGCUCACCUUUAUCAGUCCGGCUCCGUCAAAGAGGAGAAGAUCCCCGGAGACGAAAGUCGCUUCACCAGUUCGCCGCGAAAUUGGCCGAGAUGUAGCUCCUUCUUCUUCGAGGAAUGCGGGUACUGUCAGUGACGCAGAUGGACACGCCCCUGGCGAUGCCUCUCGCAGGGUUCUCGCCUUUGCUGCUUGCCCAAGGCCUCAACGCGCUGCUCGGCUCUCUCCCGCCCACGCCACGAGGAAGCCCAAGAGCAAGCUCUCGGCAAGCCCAGCUCCGCAGAAACUCGCAUAUCCGCAACGACUUCGCGGUAUUCGCGGCAGCGAUCCCAUCCGGUCACCUGCACCGGACAAGGCUCGCAUUCCCUCCGCGCAAGCGUCCAAGUGGAGACAGCAUCUCGAGGACGUCUCGUCCGAGGGCUCGGGGUACAGCGAGGAUGAGGAGGAUGGCGACUCGGAUCUGGAAGACGAUGACGACGACGACGACAAUGACGCUCUCAGUGGCUCAAAUCCAUCCGAAAAUCAAAGUCUGUCGGAUUCGUUGUUAAGCAAGAGCGAGGAUAGUGCGAGUCUACAACAAGAUGAAGCUUCGUCUUCCCUUCCGGACUCGCUGGAGGAGCUGCGCGAGGAAGCCGUAGAGGACAGAGAGCAGGUGAACAGACCGUCUAGCAGGAACGCGCAGGUUGGAAAAUCGACGGAUCGGCUUCAAGCCACCACUCUGCUCAGCGAUUCCGAGCCAGGAUCCAGCCGUCAGGCAUCAUCAAGGCGCUCGAGUGGGGCGCGAGCCGAUCAACAUCUUGCCGCUGCGCGAACGUCCUUUGCGGGCCAGACGUCGCCGCCCAGGCUGACACAUCCAUCCCGAUCCACGCAAACCUCUCCGCUGUCCGGUCUGCCCGGCCGUUCGUUGCGCAAGCUCAAGCCCAAGGAUUCGUUUUCGCAUCCCAUGUGUUUCCUUCCGGACGCCUUUGAGGACUCUGCGCCCCCGACGCCGACAGAGCCGGACUCGGACGCGUACGAGUCGUCGCACCGCGCAAACCUGCUUCCUGGGUGGCUGUCCGAGGGCGGCAGUGCGGCGAGCUCGCGUCGAGCCAGUUGGCAGCAGCCGCCGCCGCCUGCCAGCCCUCAUGGGCACGGUGAACGACACGAGGAGCUGGCGGUGCCUAUCACGCUGCCGCCGUUCCGACGCACACGCGAACGGACAGCGCAGCAGGGUGUGAUGAGCGAUGGUGAGCAGAGGAGCCGGUCUCUAGGCGGAAACGCGGCUUUCAUCCGCGAGUCGGCUGGAUUUAGACGAGGUGACGAGCCGCUGGAGCAGAAGCCGGGUGGUGGUACGUCGCCUCGUGCGUCGCAGGGGCUUCAUCCGCUUGGAAUCAGUGUGCCUCUGCAAGGGCGGCCGUCGCAGCCAGUGUCGUGGCGGCAUGUGUCGAGUCAACACGUGGGUGCCGGUUCUGCGGCUGGAGGCGUCGCGGCGUUCCGCCGGGCGAGCCAUUCGAUGGAGCCGAGGAAGUUUAGCUCGGCUGUCACGAGUCCGGUUGGGUCGUAUUCGCACGCGUAUGCGGGUGGCAGGAUUGCACAGGAGCGGCCGGUGCGCCCGGCGGCGGGCAAGCAGAGGGCGGUCUCGACGUCAAGUCAUAUUCGCAGUCGGCCCUCGGUCGCGCCCAGCAUGCAUGACGACGUCGUGGUCGCCACGUCUCCGCCGAGAGACGACGCGAGUCGGCUGCUCAAGCAUCAUCUGGCGCACUCGCCGAGGAGUGGCGGGGCGGCGGACGCGCAGCAGCGCGGUGGUGUUUCGGGCAGCACAACGCCAGGGUGGAUGUCCGACGGGCAGGUGGCCAGUCAGACCGCCAGUCGCUACUGGACCGAGCGGUUGGCGUCGCUGGCGCAGGCCGUGUCCGAGGAGCUGGCCAUUGUCGGCGGGGCCGUGUUGGGCAAGGAUUGGGCGGACGAGGUAGGCGAGCAUCGGCGCGCUCAGAGUGUGCCGCUUGAGGCUGCGGUUGGUGGAGAGAGGGAUGAGGGGGUGGCGCAGCAGGAUGUCACAGUGGAGCCGUGGUCGAGACCCAGCUAG